UGACAUUUCAAUGACAUAUAUUUGUUUGUUGUACUAUUAUUUGUUAUUUUCUUGGUUUUCAAUCUGGUUUUUUUACCAAUCCCUUAGUUUAACAAUGAAAUAUUUAUGUUUUAAUGUGAUUUGUCUCUUUUAUUUUAAUUAAAUAUGUCUUUCUUUUAUUUGACCGCUGUAAAAGGCGAAAUACCUGCACAUUUAUUAGAAACGAUCGCCUUGGAGAGGUUAUGUUAUUUAAAAGAAGUUUUUAAUAUGAAGGAAUUGUGUUAUAGUGAAUAUUUAGUCGAAGGAGGCAUGUAUGACAACGUGGGUCAUUUCCUUUUAUGUGUCAUAACUAUAAUUUGUAAAAAUAUUGAGUUUAAACGAUUUAUAAUGAAGACGGAACGAGAUCUAUUCGAACAACGAUUAAACGCCCUUUGCGUCUAUGAUUUGAGAUGUUUCGCGAAAAAAAUUAUAAGGAGCAUCAAAAAACAGCAGUACACUGCAGAAUUUAUUGAACCAUUAAAGACUUUAUGUGAACAUUUAAUGUUACAAGAUUUAGCAAAUCAUGUUUGCUUAGAAUCUCACAAACGUAAUUGCAAUGAUCACCAUAUACAAUUACAUUUUAAACAUUGCUUAUUAUUUGUAGCUAAACGUGAGAUAGACCUUAAAAAUGGAACUGCGUUUAUUCCAUGUGGAAAAUGGAAGCAAUUUUUAAUUAUACUGUUUAGCAUUAAUUUGAGCUACAAACUGGAAAAAUCGAAUGUUGAAGCUCUCGAAUUUGAUCCUCGAAUAUCAGACCUCCUUAAUAAACUAAAAAGUCAUAUAGAUCCACUUUUGAGUAACAAUCAUAAUAAUAACUACUUGUUAAAUAGUAAACGAGUAGACAAAGAAUCAAAAAACUUCCCUCCAUGCAUGCUGAACAUUCAUGAAAAAUUACGAAAACAACACAGAUUACCACAUACAGAAAGAUUUUACUAUACUUUAUUUCUCAAAGAUAUUGGUAUGCCAGUUGAUCAAGCGAUAGACUUUUGGAGAUUUGAAUAUCGACAAGCACCAAAUGGGAUACACAGCUGCUGUCAUAAUUGGGAGAAAAAUGAAAAGAAAUUUGUCUACGGUAUCAGACACAUGUAUGGCUUGGAAGGAUGUAGGAGAAACUAUACUUCUAUGAAUUGUCAAAGGAUCCAAAGUUUUGAUAGUUCUUGCACGUCUGGUGGAUGUCCAUUUAAGACAUUUGAUCAUACAAAGAUGCUAAGUAUUUUGAAUAUGGACUCUAAUGAAUCGUUAUGGUCACAAUUAUAUGAACUGAAAUCUAGACAUAAUUAUACAGGAGCAUGUAUAAAAUACAUGCAGAGUAGAAAUUUAGUUGUAAUAAAAAACUGUGACAUUGAUAAUGCUUCCUUUAAUUUUACUCCUGUAAAAUAUUAUAAACAUGUUUCUCUUAAAACUCAUGAUGUUAUAUGAUAGUUGCUUAUAUUUUUUUUCUGUAUUCUAUUCUAGGGCAGGUUUUAAUUUCAUUGUAAUUUAUUAUAAUUUCGUUUUAUGAAGUAUGUUUCUACUUUGACACAAUUACUUGUUACUGAUGUAACAUAAAAAUAUUGUAAUAUAACUUUCUACAGAGGUUUAUAUCAUGAGAUGUUUUAUGAAAUUGUUAAUUUUUUCUUUUUAUAAAAUAAAUAUUUCCGCCAGUAGCUUUUAUAAACUUCCUCUUGUACCACAUUAUCUAUUGAUAAAAACCACUUUAAAAUCCAUUGUUUACUUUAAAAGAUUUUAGUGGACAGACAGCAGGAAGCAACUUUAUUUUAUCUAUGUAUAUAUUUAAUUUAUUUAUUGUAAACAAGGUAUAACUGUUAAAUAGUGCCUAUUACAUUUUGAUUAUAUGAAAUGUAUUAUUUUUGAAUGUAUUUUUAGUGUCACUUUACAAGACUAUGCUCAGAACUAUGUAGUCAUGUUUCGUUAUAUACUUAGAGUAUUCUGUAAGUAUAUAUUGUUCUUCAGAAAGAAUAUUGAUGAUGCCUGGGUAAAAAAAAGAAAAUUAUUUAGUCCUACAGUCAGAUAUUAAAAAUGAUUGUCAUUUUUUUUUGCUUCAAUUUAACAUAGAUAAUUGGCAUUAAAGUUGAAGAGUGGGCACUCGCUACGUCACAAUUCGUAGAAAAUGUACUAAGGUGUGACGUAAUGCGAUGUUUCAACUCAAUAUGUAGCCGUAAUUUAUUGAUAACGCAUAAAAUAAAAAAAUACGUUUUUAAUGUUCUCCAAUAAUCUUCCUAACGAACAGAUAAACAAAUAUAAUACAUUGUUCCUAUUGUAUUAACUUACAAAAUUAAAGGGUAAAAGAAUGAUUCAGAAUGAUGUAUAACAAAUGCGAAACACCUUCAUACAAGUUUUGUGUAGUUUCGCUGUAGCAUUAUGUAUUUAUGCCCAAUAUACUAAGUACACCAGACAGCACGUCAGGUUAUAUUAUACAAAGCUGUUACUUUUGAUCUGAUUUUAAACGUUUAUGUAUUGAGGAUAGAAUUGAUUAUCAAUUGCGAGGUACAACGCAAAAAUAUAAUAUACACACUGCUGCACGUCAGAUAACCACAAUGUCAAAUUUCUAUAAUAGAAUAGAAUAGAAAAGAAUAGAAUAGAAUAAAGUUUAUUUGUUCUUCCACAUACAGAUAACUAGAUAAUAAAAUGUUACUUAUCUUAGUCUUUUACAAUUUAUAGACCUUUAUGUGACAGACUGAAAUAGGUUUUUAUGUAAACCCGUAUGACGUGGUCACCAGUGCUCACCAUCUCCGGAGAAAUAUCACUAAAGUCUUAUCUAUAUAAAAAGAAAAAACAAAGUAGAAAGGCAGAAAGUGUUUACUGUACAUUGACUUAAAAAUGAAAAUAAAAGAAGUUGAAUAAUGCUGAUAUAUCUUUAUCUUGUAUGUGACUUCAUUAGUGUGCGUGUGUGUUUUCUUUGUGCGAGAUCUCGUGUGGGAAUGCGAAGUAUAUUUUUGUGUUCUAAUGAUAUAAAUAUUUAAAGUGGGGGUGUGUUUAGAGAAGGUGUGUGCGUAAGAGUAUGAGAGACGGUGAGGUUGAAGUAUUAAUUGAGUAACUGUUAUAAGCGUCACUGCCCUUCCUCUGCAGAAUAGACUUGUAGUAAGCAGCAGUUCGGUUUCCUGGUAUUUAAGUGACAGCAGCUAUUGAGUAAUAGUUGUUUUACAAGUUGUGAUAUAUUGAUAAGAUUGUGUUUAUUUUGUUUCGUAGACAAAAAGUAAAACCGGAUCUUAUUACUAAAAAUUUCGCUGUCCGUCCGUUCGUCUUUCACCAGGCUGCUUGAACCGUGAAUUUUUCCCAGAUGAUCUUUUUUGCCGCUAUAAUAAGUACAAAAAUAAUAAAAUUAAUAUUUAAGGGGGCUUUAAUACAAUGAACGUGUUUUUUUUGCGUUUUUUAUAGAUAAUUGGUACUGAACCCUUCGUGCGCGAGUACGAUUCGCAAUUAGGUGGUUUUGCAUUAUAAAUAAGCGAUUUAUUUGAAUGAAGUUUACUUCAUUAUGAGCCUUUCAAUUUUCAUUAUUGGUGUAUAAGCCUUCCCUAGGGGCGAAAUCAAACAAGGAGAAAC